AUGGUGGUGAAGUUCGUCAUCCCCUGCCCCGCCGGGGUCCUGCCCCAGGCGUGGACGCUCCUCGCCAUCUUCCUCUCGACCAUCGCCGGGCUGGUGCUCACGCCCCUGCCCGUCGGCGCGUGGGCCUUCUGCGGCCUCUCCAUGUGCGUCGUCACCAAGACCCUGACGUUCCAGCAGGCGUUCUCCGCGAUGACCAACGACGUCAUCUGGCUCAUCGUGUUGGCCUUUUUCUUCGCCAAGGGGUUCGUGCAAACCGGACUAGGCGAUCGCGUCGCCACCUGGUUCGUCAAGAUGCUCGGCAAGUCCACGCUCGGGCUGUCGUACGGCCUGUCCAUCUCCGAGGCGCUCCUGGCGCCCGCGAUGCCCUCCACCACCGCGCGCGCGGGCGGAGUCUACCUCCCAAUCAUCAAAUCCCUCGCCAAAAACGCGGGAUCCGAGCCCGGACCGACGGCGAAGAAACUCGGUGGUUUCCUCAUCCAGACCCAACUCCAGUGCAGCGGGCACUCCUCCGCGAUGUGCAUGACCGCCGCGGCGCAGAAUCUCCUGUCCUUGAAGCUCGCCGCGUCCCUCGGGAUCGUCAUCGCGUCCCCGUGGCUCACGUGGUUCAAGGCUGCGUGCGUUCCCGCAAUCGUCGGGCUGGCGGUGACGCCGCUGCUGGUGUUUAAGAUGUUCCCCCCCGAGAUUCAGGACACCCCCGAGGCGCCCAAGGAGGCGGCGGAGAAGCUCAAGAAGCUCGGUCCGCUGUCGCAGGACGAGACGAUGGUCGUCGUCACCAUGGGACUCACCGUGAUCCUCUGGAUCUUCGGCGAUAAAAUCGGGAUGAGCUCCGUCACCGCGGCGAUGCUCGGCAUGUCGCUGCAGCUCGUGUCCGGAGUCAUCACCUGGCAGGACUGCCUCAACGAGAAGGGCGCGUGGGACACCCUUCUGUGGUUCGCGGUGCUCAUCGGGAUGUCCGCGCAGCUCAACGCCAUGGGUUUCAUCACCUACCUCUCCAACUCAGUCGCCGGCGCCCUCGCGGCGACGUCGCUGGGCUGGGGUCAGGUGUUUGUCCUUCUCCACGCGUGCUACUUCGGCAUCCACUACUUGUUCGCGUCGCAGACCGCGCAGGUCGCCGCGCUCUCCACCGCUUUCAUGGCGAUGAUGAUCGCGUCCGGCGCGCCUCCCUUGCUCGCGGGUCUCACGAUGGCGUUUCACACCAACCUCUUCGGCGCCAUCACCCACUACGCAUCCGGUCAGGGCGCGGUGUAUUUCGGCGCGGGCUACGUCGACCUGCCCACCACGUUCAAGCUCGGCGGCGUGCUGGGCGUGGUGAACCUGCUCAUCUGGGGCGUCAUCGGCGGCGCGUGGUGGAAGGUCAUCGGCCUCUACUGA